AUGUCUCUUUGGUCUUCAAUUCUGAUCUGCCUUUUCCUGAUAAUCUAUGGUUCCUGUGAGUUCCUCACUGUAGUAAAUUAUUCUAGAAACUAUCCUUGCGAUGAGAAAAAGAAAAAUAACUCUGUUAUUGCAGAAUGUAAUAAUCGUCGGCUGCAGGAAGUUCCCCAAACAGUGGGCAAAUACGUGACAGAACUGGACUUGUCUGAAAAUUUCAUCACAAACAUAACGAAUGAAUCAUUUCAAGGGCUGCAAAAUCUCACUAAAAUAAAUCUAAACCACAAUCCCAAUGUACAACACCAGAACGAAAAUCCUGGUAUGAAUAUUGCAGACGGGGCACUCCUCAACCUAAAAAACCUAAGGGAGUUACUGCUUGAAGACAACCAGUUAUCCAAAAUACCCGCUGGCUUGCCAGAGUCUUUGAGAGCACUUAGUCUAAUUCAAAACAAUAUCAAUUUCAUAACUAAAAGUGACACUUUGGGACUUACAAACUUGGAAAGUCUCUAUUUGGGCUGGAACUGCUAUUUCAACAAAGUUUGUAAUAAAACGUUUGACAUAGAAAAUGGGACAUUUGAAAAGCUGAUGAAUUUAAAGGUGCUGUCACUAUCUUUUAAUCCUAUUCUUCACGUGCCACCCAAACUGCCAAGCUCCCUUCGCAAACUUUUUCUGAGCAACACUCACAUCAAAAACAUCAAUCAAGAAGACUUCGAGGGAUUGCCAAAUUUAGUGUUACUAGACUUAAGCGGUAAUUGUCCAAGGUGUUACAAUGCACCGUUUCCAUGCAAGCCUUGUGAUGGAGAUGCCUCAAUUUUCAUACACCCUCUUGCUUUUCAAAAGCUGUCCCAACUUCAAUAUCUAAACCUCUCAAGCACUUCCCUCCGGGAGAUUCCCGAAAUCUGGUUUAAAAACAUGCCCCAUCUGAAGGUGCUGCAUCUUGAAUUCAACUAUUUAGUGCACGAAAUAGCCACUGGGGCAUUUUUAACGAAGUUGCCCCAUCUACAAGUACUUGACUUAUCUUUUAACUAUGUAAAGGGAGCCUAUCCACAAUAUAUUAAUAUUUCCAAAAAUUUCUCUAAACUUUCCUCUCUCCAGGCAUUGCAUUUAAAAGGUUUCGUGUUCCAGAAGCUUAGAGAAGAAGAUUUCCAGCCCCUAAUGAAGCUUCCGAACUUAUCGACUAUCAACUUGGGCAUUAAUUUUAUUCAACAAAUUGAUUCUACUCUUUUCCAAAAUUUCUCCAAACUGAAAGUUAUUUGCUUGUCAGACAACAGAAUAUCACCCUCGGUAUAUAAUACCCAGCAGAAUGAUGCACACGGUUCCUCUGUCCGAAGUCACAUCAUUAAACCACGCUCCGCAGAUACAGAGUAUGACCCACAUUCGAAUUUUUAUCAUCAAACCCAUCCUUUAAUAAAGCCACAAUGUACCGCUUAUGGCAAAGCCUUAGAUUUGAGCUUGAACAGUAUUUUCUUCAUUGGGCAAAAGCAAUUUGAAGGUUUUCAUGACAUUGCCUGCUUAAAUCUGUCUUCAAAUAGCAACGCUCAAGUGUUACGUGGGGUUGAGUUUUUAGGCGUGCCUCACAUCAAAUAUUUGGACUUGACAAACAAUAGGCUAGACUUUGAUAAUGUUAGCGCUUUCAGUGAAUUGUCCAAAUUAGAAGUUCUGGAUCUCAGCUAUAAUUCACACUAUUUUAAAGUAGCAGGAGUAACACAUCAUCUAGAAUUUAUUCAAAACUUAACACAGCUAAAAGUUUUAAACUUGAGCCACAACAACAUUUAUACUUUAACAGACACAUAUAAUCUGAAAAGCAAGUCUCUGAAAGAAUUAGUUUUCAGUGGAAACCGCCUUGAUGCUUUGUGGAAUGAUGAGGAUAACAGGUACAUUUCUAUUUUUAGAGAUCUCUCGAAUCUCACACAGCUUGAUAUAUCCUUGAAUAAACUUAAGCAUAUUCCCAAUGAAGUGUUCUUUAAUUUGCCGCAGCGUCUCACUGAACUACGUAUAAAUGAUAAUAUGCUAAACUUCUUUAACUGGACAUUACUUCAGCACAUUCCUCAUCUCCGUUUGCUUGACUUAAGUGGAAACAAGCUAUUCUACUUAACGAGUAACCUGUUGACCUUUACAUCUUCCCUUCAGACUCUACUGCUGAGUAAAAACAGGAUUUUCCACCUGCCCUCCGGCUUUCUUUCCCAAGUCAGCAGUCUGGUACACCUCGAUUUAAGUUCCAACCACCUAAAGAUGAUCAACAGAUCCACACUUGAACCUAAGACCGCCAACAACUUAGCUCUUUUGGAGCUACAUGGCAACCCUUUUGACUGUACCUGUGACAUUGGAGAUUUUCGAAGAUGGAUGGAUGAACACCUGAACAUCACAAUUCCUAGGUUGAUAGACGUCAUCUGCGCCAGUCCCGGCUAUCAAAGCGGAAAGAGUAUUGUGACUCUGGAACUAAUGACUUGUGUUUCGGAUACCAUUGCAGUGGUAUUAUUUUUCUUCUCAUUCUUGAUUACCACCACGGUUAUGUUGGCCGCCUUGGCUCACCAUCUGUUUUAUUGGGAUGUUUGGUUUAUCUAUCACAUGUGUUUAGCUAAGGUAAAAGGCUACAAGUCACUUUCCACAUCUCAAACUUUCUAUGAUGCUUACAUUUCUUAUGAUACCAAAGACGACUCUGUCACCGACUGGGUGAUGAACGAGCUGCGCUACCACCUUGAAGAGAGUCAAGAAAAAAAUGUUCUCCUUUGUUUAGAGGAGAGAGAUUGGGACCCCGGAUUGCCCAUCGUUGAUAACCUCAUGCAGAGCAUCAACCAGAGCAAGAAAACGAUAUUCGUUUUAACCAAAAACUAUGCCAAAAACUGGAACUUUAAAACAGCUUUCUACUUGGCCUUGCAGAGGCUAAUGGAUGAGAACAUGGAUGUGAUUAUAUUUAUCCUGCUGGAGCCGGUGUUACAGCACUCUCAGUAUUUGAGGCUGCGGCAGCGAAUCUGUAAGAGCUCCAUCCUCCAGUGGCCUGACAACCCCAAGGCAGAAGGCUUGUUCUGGCAAAGUCUGAAAAAUGUAGUCUUGACGGAAAAUGACUCACGGUAUAACAAUCUGUAUGUUGAUUCCAUUAAGCAAUGCUAACUCUUUAAGUCAUGCUUCCACACCUUGAUAAAAAUGCGGUGGAAUGACAUUUCUGUGUUAGUUAUCUAUAGCUGUAUAACAAAUUAGACCAAAACGUAGUGGCUUAAAACAACACAU